AUGGUUGCAGGGAUUUGUCCCGUUUCAGCCAGCAAGUUGCCACUUCGGAGCAUCGCAUCCCGGAAAAACCGGAGGUUCGACACCAUCUCCGCCUCGACCUUUGGGAAUCAGUUCGUGGGGCGAGUGGCCAACCCCGACGAGGUUCUCCUGUUCCACCGCCGCGGCGGCGCCGGCGGAGCCGCCGGCACCCGCAAGGUGACGAGCCUGGGCGACGUCUUGGAGAUCGAGGAGAACUUGAUGCCCGGGGACGACGGCGUGAAGAUCCAGGACAUCAUCUACAAGUACAUCGACGGGGAGCAGAACCUCCAAGUGCUGCCGGAGCCGGACUUGAACGACGCAGUGCAGUCCUUUGUACAUAGAUCCGAGCCUUGCGCUAUCGAGCGCUUCGUCAAGGAGGCGGUGGAGUCCACCAACCAGGCGGUGCUCAAGGAGAGCCGUGCCGUGGGUGAGGAGGAAAUCCGGGUGCAAAUCCAGGACCGCGCGGAAGUGCUGCGGCAGCAGCGGCUUGCGGCUGCGGCGGCGGGCUCGCUCUCAGGGCCGGCCACAGAGAAGGCGCAGAGCCAGGCCAAGGCAGAGGUGGGCCUGAUGGAGGAGUCCGCCUUUGCGGUGGAGGAGCCACCUCCAACAGCCUUCGAAGCUGAGGCCCCGCGGGGCCGUGGCCGUGGCGGGAGAGGCAGAGGAGGUGCAAGGGGCGGAAGAGGUCGGUCCAAGCGCUCUCUGGAAGAUGUGGACUUCCCGCCCCCCAAGCAGCCGCGCAACAGCCAGCGCCAGGACUCCCAGCGCGCGCUCUUCGCCCCUGCCGCCUCGGCCCCCGCCGCCGCCGCCGCCUCCGCGGCCCCCGCCGCGGCCGCGGCGUCGCCCACGCCGUUCCUCUCGCGGCGCGCGGUGGGCGCGGUGCCGAACUUGGGCGGCGACUCCCUGGGCUUCGAAGACACCCCGGGACCUGCCAACUCGCAACGGAGUCAGGCGCCCAAGCGGCAGUGGGCCCUGAAGCAAAGCUGUGGUGGCCGGCCGGCCGAAGAGAUCACUUUGUGGCUCAAGCUUGCGGCAGAUAGAGACCUGUCCUGGGGCAUUGGGGCAUGGCGUUUCGUCCAAGAGAACCUCGACUUCAUCGCUGGGCUCGCGGCCGCCCAUCCCGAGGAUGCCGAGGACUUGGCAGAAGCAGCCGAGGUGCUUUCGCGGCAGAAGAUCUCCAGCGUGGCGCGGCUGGUGAAGUUGUCGGACAGCCAGUGGCAGCGCCUGAACCUGCCCCUGGGCAUUGAAGCACUUCUGCGGGAGGCGGCGGCCGAGGCUUUGGUUGAUCCUCCAGAUCCAGCGUUGCACAGCAGUACCGUCUGCACCUCCAGACGCGUUCCAAUCCGUGCGGGAUCGCAUGUCGCAAUGCUGCGAUUCCUGGUCACCGUGGUGUCGUCCGCGCUGGCAGAGGACGCCAGUUGCUGGGAUGGCGACUUCACCCCGGAGGUCUGCUGCAACCCGAAGUUUGGUCCCAGAGGCCAUGAGGAGUGCUGGGAUACGGUGCACACUUUUGAGCGCUGCUGUCCCGAGGACUGCCGGACCUCCGACACCUUCGACUUCGAGGGCUGCUGCGAUCUGGUGUCAUCGGACCAGGGCAAAGAGGCGUGCUGGGUGGGAGGCCGCAGCUUUCGGAGCUGCUGCUUGGAGUCGGCGCCGGAGCGGCGGCCGCAACUGGCGGGCCCCGACUUCGCCCUGGAAGCGCUGCCGGUCUUCGGCGAGGGCUGCUGGGUGCCCUCGGAGCUGUUGACCUUCGCCCGCUGCUGCGGCACCGCCGGGGUGAAGGAGCACUGCUGGAUAGGGGACUUCACCUAUACACGCUGCUGCCUCGGGCUGCACUCGAUACCCAGGAUCUACCUGGACUUGCCCAAAACGGACCUCAGGGUCCACUGCCUGCAGCAGGGCUUGGAGGCGGUGAGCGACCGAAAGACCUUGGGGGAGUGCCUGGAGAGCGGCGGAAGGUACAUCCACGUCUCAGCGGUGCUUUACAGGCUGGCGGAGAUGGAGGUGAUGCACGAGUUCUGGUGGAACCGGCCCUCGGGCGAGGCGUUGCUCAUCGAGGAGGUAUUUGGUGCGAAAGGCCGGCAGGUGAGCAGCCCAGAAUGGCUGCACCCCUCCGGCAGCCUGUGCGUGCCUGCGGUCUGCAGCGAGGAGGCCAUUGCUGGCUGGUUCGCGGGAAUCGUGGACAUUGGCCAGCGAUACAUCCGGCCCAGCUACAAAGAGCUCAACGCGACCCACGUGCGCACCUCCCCCCUGCCGGCGCGGCGGCGCCCAUAUCCCCGAUUUGAAGGCUCAUGGAUCAUGUACCGUCCUGGAGCCGACCGCGAGCUCAGGAAGCAGCAGGAUUUGCAGUCCUACUACGAGUUUGUCCUUACCGAGCACAAGCCUUGGAGGCAGCUCGGAGUGUCCAGAAGGACCUGGGGGGUGCUGCUGGGCCUGGUGGUCCCGGUGGCCUUCGCCAGCCUCUUGUACCUCUGCGGGGUCCAGGACGCAAAGCCCUUGGCUCUUCAGAGCAACCUGUGGCGUCUGGGGGAAGCAAGGGCCAAGUGCUUCGACGUGUGUCGCAUCGUAACCACGGUGGGCAUCAUUGCCACGCACGUGAAGCAUCACUAUCCGUUCCCCGCGCCGGAAGAGGGGGACGGCGUCUUCAGGUACUUGGCCAACGUCAUCGAGGCGUUGCACGUGAACCACCUGGUGGUGAUGCUCAUGGUCUACCUGCUGCUUCGGCACUUGGACGAGGGGCGUCGCGACUUGUUGUGCCGCGGACCCUUCAGCUGGCUGUGGCGGGUGGCAACGUACGCGCUGAGACGGUGGGCGCUGAUUAUGUCAUGGGCGGGCCUGUGGCUGUACAUAUACGUGUCGGUGCUGAUUAAGGAGGUGCCGAUCCCGAACAUAGGCAAGAGCCGCUUCCUGUACAUAUGGUUCUGGCGAAUGCGCAUUUCCUGCGAAAAGAAGGAGCACCUGAUCCCUAGCAUCUUUUUGCUCCAUGAGGCGUCGCACGCCUAUGAGAGCCCGUGUCAUAAUUUGAACAUCUUCGAGGCGUGCUUUCAGCUGGAUGUGCUGCUGAUGGCGCUGCUGCUGAUACUGCCAAAGCGCGGGAGGACUCUACUGGCGGCUGGUCUCUGGAUGCCGGCGGCUUGGUGUCACACCGGCAAGAUUGAUGACGAUGGUCUCUACCACUCCCGGCCAAGGAUGCUGGAGUAUUUGCCGGCUGGGCUGGCCACCAUCGCACUGUACGGUCUGCUGCCGAAGCCCGCCGCUGAUGCCUGGAGGCUGCGGGUGCUGCUUUGGCUGCUGACCAUCUCUCUCUUCGGUGCCACCGUAAUGCUGAACCUGUUCUUCGAGCAGCUGGAGUUCCUCCGGAACGCGCUGCCGCGGCUCGGCGUGGCCCCGGCGGAGCUGCUGGCGCUGCCGGAGCUGGGCACUGCGCUGCUGGCGCUGAAGCUGCUGGAGACAGGUACGACCAAAGGUGAGGCUUGGUCGCCCGUGUCUGCGCUGGGCCGACUGGCCGCGGGCAUGAACCUGUCGCAUCUCUUUGUCCUGCAGCUGCACCGUGGCUUCUCUGCUACCACUGAUGGGAUCAGCAGCGACGACAUCAUUCUGCCGGCGAGCCCCAGCUUGUUCCUCUCCCUCGUGGUGAUGAUCUUUCUGGUCUCCGCCGGACUGUCCGCAGUGGUGUUCCUCUUCAUCGAAGCACCAUUGCAGUCCCUCCUGCACAACUCCGCGCCCGCGGAGCGCGCGCAGCGCGCGCAGCCCGCGCAGCCGGCGCCCGAGCCGCCCGAGCCGGCGGUGCCCGAGCCGGCGCCGGACGCGAGCAACGGUCACACGAACGGGCGGCACUGA